AUGGCAUCUGCAUUCAGUUUCGGCUUCGCAGGUGAUGACAUUGACGUCGAUGAGAAUGACAUGAGUGGUGUUGAGGGAACAGAGAUGAGCAAUGCUGCGCAAUCCAGUCCUCAGGUCACUGGGAGUUUAAUCGAGCCUCAAAAACAUGAUAUGGCGGAAUGGGUCGCAACUUUGCCAUCGCAAAUAUCGUACAAUAAACUCGUGAUUAACACAUCGCAUGGCGGACGUGAAAGGACUUUUUUUACCCUUGCGCGUCGCGAAGUCUUUGACAUUCGAACUCAGCUGAUGGCCGAAGAUGGCGCCGACCACGAAAACGAGGAGCUCAUCCUCGGGUUGGAAAAGGGCGACAUCAAACCCACUUUCUACGAGGGCGGCUUCAAGACAUGGGAAUGUGCCUUGGAUUUGGCCAAGUUGGUUGUCAGUGAAGAUCUGCCCCAUCAGACAGAGGAUCAGCACAUCAUUGAGCUUGGUGCUGGGACCGCAGUGCCGUCACUCAUUCUCUUCGCACAGGCACUAUCGCGGCCAGAGCCAGCGAAGAGCAGGAUUCACUUCACACUGGCAGACUACAAUUCCGCCGUUCUUCGACUGGUCACGCUCCCGAAUCUGCUCCUGACCUGGAAUCAACUAGUGAAGCAUCGGGAAACGUCCUCGCCGGAAGGUACCCCGUGCGACGAGCAGCCCGACGAAGAAGAAUUAGACAUCACGCCGGAGCUCGUGGAGAGCUUCCAGAAAGACCUUGCAGCUCGGAAUAUCACUCUCGAGUUCAUUUCCGGCGCCUGGUCUCCUGCCUUCGUCGAUCUAGUCUUUUCAUCCUACGGCGAAGGUAAAGGCAAGACGUUGAUUCUGGCGAGUGAGACUAUAUACUCACCGGCCUCGUUGGCGGCUUUCUCUGAGACUCUGAUUGCAUUGCUUCGCCGGUCUGGGAAUGAGCAGGCGCGGAGCAAGUCUCUCAUCGCUGCCAAGAAGGUUUAUUUUGGCGUUGGAGGGGGCGUUGACGAGUUCGUAUCAGUGCUGAGGGGUCUCAAUGGAAGUGAUCUGGAUGUGGAGGAGCAGGUGGACAUCGACUCGGAAGGGGUUGGUCGGGUCAUACUGAAAAUCGAGUGUAAAAGUACUUGA